AUGCGUUUGAAAGUACAAACCUCCUUGGCAAUCAUAUCGGUUUUUGCAAUUUUCACCCGAAUUUCCGCCGCCGAGACCAUUUGCAAUGGCACCGAACUGUCGGUUUACGACGAUUUGGACAUUGGAGGUCUCACCGAAAAACCAUGCACAAAAGUGUUCGGAGAUAUUGUCAUUGCCAAUUUGAAUGGUGGAAAACGAAUGUCUAACUACUGGACCAUUGAGGAGCUCUAUGGAUCCUUAUUCAUCGUAAAUACCACGAAUCUCGGAGAUUCUGUGAAUCUCCAGAAUCUUCAAACUAUUCAUGCUGCUGAGUCACCAGCUUUGGUUAUCAGAAACAAUCGGGGAUUGAGAUUAGCAAUUGGAGCAAGGCUUGGACAUGUCUCGACUGGAAGUAACAUCACGUAUUGGUUAACGGACAACUGGCCAGCGGCUAUGACAGAGAGCGAACACUACACCCUAUUCAUGGCGUCCGACAAAAACCGUCCCGUCUUCUACACUGACAAUCAUUUUACUACUCGACAGUGUGACGGAUGGUACUACAAAUUAUGGACCUUUGUAUUUGGAACUCUUUGUGUCAUGGUCUCCUGUGCUCUCAUUGGACUGUCCUUCUAUGGACGGAGAGAGAAAACUAAGAAAGGAAUUUGA